CAGAGAGCUGAGUAGAAUGCACAAUGAAUAACUUGACAUUUCCAAGCUGCAUGUUUAUUGUCAACCAAAAUAAUAAUCACCUUUCUUCACCUUCGUCUCUAAGGUGAAAAAGGCAAUGAAUGUUCUACAUGACAAAUGUAUUCUCUUUGAACUUGCAGUGCUAGAGAUGUAGCUGAAUACAUGCAGAGAUUAACAUUAAUCAAAGCCCAUUUAUUCUGAUGAAAUAGCUUUUUUUAGGAGAUUUUUUAGGAAAUUCCUCUGAUAAAAGUGAGACGUUGGCAAACGCCAUUUAAAAAGCAAUCAAGUCUAAAUUCAGCAGACCCUGGGCAAAGAGACUAAAAAUAAAUAAAUGUCUAUUGUUUAAUCUUCUGCCAUCAUUCACGCCAUAGAAGACCCGUACAUGGUUAUCAAGCCCUUCAAGAUCAUCUGUUUCUCCCUACAAGUGCAGAGUCUGGAGAUGUGAAUUGCAUGGAGGUGAAUUCACUAGCACAGCCUCCUUUUUCAUCUUCCCCCACUCUGCCCCUCAUUUGCAUACCACCCUGUGAUUGGCCGCUGGGCACACAAUGAGUCCUGCUGCUUCAGACUGAUUGGCCAGGAGGAGGAGAGGGCAUGGUUUCCGAGUGAUUGAAAAAAUCCAUAAAUACAGCAGCCACACACAAGCGGCCACACAUCUGUACCUGCCAGCUAUUGCUACAGGCUUAGUACUACAGCUCUCUCUCUCUCUCUGCUCUUCUGCCAUUAGUGUUCUGUAGUGCACAUCUGCCUCACUACUCUGGUGAUUUUUCUUCUCAAACUUAGUCUAGCUCUUGUAUAGAUUUUCCAAGUGAAAAGCUCCCCAUCCCUUUUUGUUUAAAAACCUAAAAGAAUUAGAGUGCAAGAGGAAGAAGAGAGAAAGAGAGGCAGACUGAAAGAAGAGAAAAGACAGGAAGAGAGAGAGAGAGUGAAGUGAGAGAAGCAUGUCUCUGGAAGUGAAGGCGAAGACGGAGGUGCGCCUGGUCUUCCUGGGGGCAGCCGGCGUGGGGAAGACGGCCCUGAUUCGCCGCUUCUUGGAGGACUCCUUCGAGCCCAAGCACCGGCGCACGGUGGAGGAGCUCCAUAACAAGGAGUACGAGAUAGGCGGCAUGAAGGUGACCGUCCACAUCCUAGACACCAGCGGCAGCUACCCGUUCCCGGCCAUGCGCAAGCUCAGCAUCCAGACGGGUGACGCCUUCGCGCUGGUCUACGCCGUGGACGAUGCCGACUCGCUGGAGACGGUCAAGAGCCUCCGCGAGGAGAUCCUGGAGGUCAAGCAGGACAAGUGCACGCCCAUCGUGGUGGUGGGCAACAAGUCGGACUGUGGCGACGAGCGCAAGGUGGUCAGCGAGGACGUGCUCACCACCGUGGAGCUGGACUGGAACAGCAGCUUCCUGGAAGCCUCGGCCAAGGAGAACGAGAACGUGCUGGAGGUGUUCCGGGAGCUUCUGCAGCAGGCCAACCUGCCCAGCCGCCUGAGCCCUGCUCUCCGCCGCCGCCGAGAGACCUUCCCCAAGGACAACGGUGCCCGGCCGCCCAUGAACAAGACCAACAGCUGCAACAUCUCCUAACCCACACACACAUGCAUCCGCCUGAAACAGGACCAACUGUAAGGCUCUUGAUAGUGUGUGUGUUUGUGUGUGUUCAGAGACACACGAUGCACACUGUCAUUUACACACACACUUGGCCGAGAUGGUUUGUUGAUGAAGCAGGUGAGCUGUGCAAAUCUGCAAAGACUGAAAGGCACCGGUCAUAACUUUUUGUUUUUGACUUGAAGCUCUUUGCAGCUCGCUCCGUUGCCAGCCAGCACCACUCUGUGCCAGUUUGUGCCUCAGCAGGUAAUGGCCACAGACAGGGACAGCAGGGGAUAGUGCCAGCCAGGCACGAGGAAGCAGGAACAAACACGGACUGCAUCAGCGAUUGGAUGAAAUUUGAUAUUUGUGCGAAACUCAACUGAUUGUGUUGUGAGGAAUAUGUGAAGAAUGUACUAAGUACUAUUGUGUUGUGGAGGGAGAGAAAAGAAAGCUUAGUAUGCUUAAAUGUAUGAUCAAGAGAUCACGCUGCUUCACACAAGUUGUCUCGGCAUUGGCAAAAUUUGGAUGCUUUUUACUUCUAUUGCCACAGCUAAAAAUGUACUUGUAUAAUAAAAACUUAAUGUAUGUGAUAUACUAUGUACUAUGAGGUAAACCUAUAAGAAUAUUUUUGUUUAUCAUAUAUGUUAAUGUUUGAGAACAGAGUUUCUUUUGUCCUAAUGCACUGGUCAGGUAGCAUAACAAACCACUGGUUCUCAGCAGUAUAUUGUUCAUUGCAGUUGUUGACUUGCACAUUCAUGUGGUAACUUAAUCUAUGUUUUUUUACAACACUGAAAACCAGUAGUUGCUAUGUGAUUGAUUUUUGGUUUGGAGGUUUGACGGCUGGAAAUAAAAAAUAAAAAUAAAAAAUAUAACAAACAUGAA